AUGAAUAUAUCUAAUUGUAGAUCUGUUGAAAAAAUAUUUGAUGAUUCUACUUUUAAUAAAAUUGAGAGAAAAAAAUUAGAAUUUGAUAAUAAAAAACUAAAUAAUUUUUUUGAGAAUGGAAUAAUAAAUUACAGUUUAGUUGAAAUAAUCGGAAAUUGUGGAAGUGGUAAAACUCAGUUUGCUUUAACAUUAUGUGCAGAACACCUUUUAAAAAUUUUUGAUAUAAAUAAAAAUAUAAAUGAUUUAAACUUAAAAAAUAAAGAAAAUAUUAUUUUUUACAUUUAUAUUAAUAGAAUGUUUCCAAUACAUAGACUAAUUGAAAUUAUUGAAAAAAAAAUUCAAGAAAAAGAAAACAAUCAAAACAAAUGUUAUGUAUAUGAAGACAUAUUUAAAGAUAAUAAUUUACAUAAUAAUACUACAAGAAAAAAUAAUUCUAACAAUAACUGUUCAAGUAAAAAUUCCUUUGAUGAAAAACAAUUUAAUUAUUCAUUUAAAAGGGAUUUAAGAGGUAUAUUAAGAAAUUUAUAUAUUCAAAAAAUCAAUGAUGAAAAAGAUUUGUUUAUAUUAUUUGAAAAAGAUAUUUUUUAUAUAUUAAAAUAUUACAAAAUAUCAUUACUCAUAAUUGAUUCCAUUAAUUCUAUAUUUAAUGCAAAUCAGAAAUUAGACAAUUAUAAAAAAAAUCAAUUAUUUAUCAAAAUAUCCUUAAUUUUAAAAAAAAUUUCAUAUGAAAAUAAUUUUUUUGUAUUAUUAAUUAAUAGUCUAUAUAUUAAAAAAGAAUACAACGACUUUUCUUUUAAUAUUGCUGAUUUUAUUAUUAGUUCUUCUUGUGCUAAUACUAUUUUGUUUUUUAAAAAAAUAAAAAAAAAAAACGAAAUUAUUAGAAAAAUAAUUAUUCACUAUUCAGAAUUUUUGAGUAAAUAUAAAACUUUAAAAUUUGAAAUUACAGAUACAGGAUUUAAUGUAUUAUAA